GUCUGCUGUUUUCUUCGCAACCUAAAAUUAAGGAAAAUCAAAAUCUGGAUUCAUGUUUGGAUUAAUUUUUGAUUGCCUUUUCUGAUAAAUCAGCUGUGCUUCAUGAGCAAGUAACAAAUAUUCCUAUCUGUGCUACGGCAUAUGGAUUUCCGGACGACAUGUGAUGAGGCAAAGACAGGAAAUUGUUUGCUGCAAGAUGGUAGUCAAGAGCCUUUCAAAGUUCGACUCCACUUAGCCAAAGACAUAUUGAUGAUUCAAGAACAGGAUGUCAUUUGUGUGUCUGGUGAACCUUUCUACUCUGGAGAAAGAACAGUAGCAAUACGAAGACAAACUGUAGGGGGAUUUGGACUCAGCAUCAAGGGGGGAUCUGAACAUAAUAUUCCAGUUGUUAUAUCGAAGAUAUCCAAAGAACAAAGAGCUGAGCUUUCUGGUCUUUUGUUCAUCGGAGAUGCCAUUCUGCAAAUUAAUGGUAUAAAUGUGAGAAAGUGCAAGCAUGAAGAAGUGGUGCAAGUUUUACGCAAUGCCGGAGAGGAGGUUACAUUAACCGUUUCUUUUUUAAAAAGGGCACCUGCUUUCCUCAAAUUACCACUGAACGAAGAUUGUACUUGUGCACCCAGUGACCAAAGCAGUGGCACAUCAUCUCCUUUAUGUGACAGUGGUUUGCAUCUAAACUAUCAUCCCAACAACACGGAUACUUUAUCUUGUUCUUCAUGGCCAGCCUCACCUGGCCUCCGAUGGGAAAAACGGUGGUGUGAUCUUCGGCUAAUCCCACUGCUGAAUUCAAGACUAUCACAGCAUAUAACAGGAACAGAUUUAUGCAGGCAAAAUGCAUUUCAAAUCACUGCAGUAGAUGGUGUGUGCAGUGGAAUAAUACAGUGCUUGUCGAGUGAUGACUGCAUAGAGUGGUUACAAUCUAUAUCUUCUAACAUUUCCAAUCUCACAAAGCACAACAUAAAAAAAAUUAACAGAAACUUUCCAGUAAAUCAGCAGAUAAUACACAUGGGCUGGGUUGAGGAACGGGAGCAAGAUAAUCUCCAAGACCAUAUGUACACACCAAAGUUUUUGGCACUUAGAGGAUCAUCACUUUUUAAAUUCAGUUCACCUCCAGUAACAACAUGGGACUGGAUGCGGGCAGAGAAAAAGUUUUCAGUAUAUGAAAUAAUGUUUAAAAUUUUUAAGGACAGUGAUCUUCUGGACCACCGAAAAUACUGCUUUGGUGUCCAGUCGGAAUCUGGAGAGGACUUGUACUUUUCUGUGGAGUUGGAGAAUGAACUCAUACAUUGGGAGAAAGCAUUCCAGACUGCAACUUUCCUAGAGGUUGAAAGGAUCCAGUGUAAAACGUAUGCAUGUGUCAUUGAAAGUCAUCUAAUGGGACUUACCAUUGACUUUGGCAUGGGAUUCAUCUGCUUUGAUGCUGCAACAAAGGCUAUACUAUGGAGGUAUAAGUUUUCUCAGCUGAAAGGUUCUUCAGAUGAUGGAAAAAGUAAAAUAAAGUUUUUGUUCCAGAAUCAAGAUACAAAACAAAUUGAAGCAAAGGAACUGGAGUUCUCCAAUCUAUUUGCAGUCCUUCAUUGCAUCCAUUCAUUUUUUGCCGCUAAAGUAGCUUGUUUGGACCCUCUUUUUGUUGACAGUCAGGGGGCCGCAUCUGCCUCUGCAUCAGCUGCUUCCACCACAGCAGGUGUUUGUAAAAUGAAGUAUUCAACUUGAUAUGUCCUAAAGAAAUGUACUCAUCCUCUAAGGAUACAUAAACUGUGAAUGAAUAUUUAUUGAAUGCAGGGAAGCCUGACACUUUGGAAUUAGGAUUCAAAGACAAAUUAAAUGGUUACUGAUUUAUUUUUUUAAGCAAAAAACUGUGUUAUGGGUUCGGAUUAUUAACUACUGUACAGUAUCAACAUAUCACAUGAAAGCAUUUGCUGAAAAAAAAGGGGGCAUUCUAUACAAUAGUUUGGGCAACAAGGACAAUUUUUUUAUUUCAUGUGUUUUAAAGUUCUUGUUCAAAAAUAAAAUAAAAAAUUAUAUAUAUAUAUAUAUAGAGAAAAAAUAAUAAAAUGUGACAACAUGAGGUUAACACUUAUUUUCUAAAGCUUAA